AUGCCGACUCCCAACGAUGAAGAGCCCGCGACGACGACAUCAUCCACCACCACCACCACCACCGGUGUAGUGCCCAUGUUGGUGUUGGAUAUGGCGGCGUCGAUGAGGGGAGCAGGAACUUUUGCUAGUUGUCCGCCGGAGGAGGGGAGAGGGGAGGAAGCACCGUCUGGUCCAGAGCAGGAGGUGGAGGUGGAGAUGGCUGCUAUGGGAGGUGCUCGGGAGGAGGGGGAUGUUGUGUCGAUAGUGGCUGGAGGGGAUGAGRGGAUGUUGGCUGGAGAGGAGGAGGGCAAUUUGGCUGGAGAGGAUGAGGGGAGAAUACCGGAAGAUGGUGAAGGGAAGAUUGAGAGCGAGUCCCAUCUGGGAGGGCAGACGACGACCCCGACAACAACCACAACAACACAUGGCACGAUAGCGGACCUAAGUUCUUCACCUCCUCCACCCACCCCGAGUCAUGGUGAAAGAGAGGGAGAACGGCGGGAGAGGGAGAGGGAUGUGAGAUUGGCGCAAUCCAUGGCCUCGGCGACCAUCACAUCCUCCGAGGAACAGACACCCGGCGCGAGUUAUCUACAUUUCCCCGAGCUGGAUCGAGAUCGGCAAACCUCGUACAACUCCACCACCUCUUUCCUGCGUCCGGGAAGUAAAUUCCGAGGCACGCAACAAUCCGAUCGCCAAGUCUACGACGUGCAAGUAGAAAUCAAAGAUGUAGACAUGGCGGAAUCCUUCCUCUGCGGCUACUUGCGUAUCCAAGGCCUCACAGACGACCACCCCACCCUAACCACCUUCUUCCAAGGCGAAAUCAUCGGCCCCAAAUACCUCUUCCGCACCGACCAUCCCUCCUGGGGCUCCUCAGAAAAAGUCGACAUGCAACACUGGGCCCGCUUCCCCGCCUGGCGUCCCCUAGCCAAAUCCGCUCUCCAACCCCAUCCUCCCUCCUCACAACAAAGCGGAGGAGGUAUGGCGGCAAAUUCGGCGGCCUCGAUGAUGAACCGCUUCGAACAACGCGAACACCUCUUCAURCGUUGGAAGGAGUAUUUUCUCGUCCCGGACCAUCGCGUCAAGACGAUUACGGGUGCGAGUUUCGAGGGGUUUUAUUAUAUUUGUUUCAAUCAGUGUAGUGGUACCGUCAGUGGGAUUUAUUUCCAUGCUAAGAGUGAGAAGUUUCAGCAGUUGGAGUUGAGGCAUGUGGAGGAUCGGGGGUGUAUGCCUGCUGUGGAGUUUCGGUGA